AUGCCGUUGUUAAAUAUUUUACUGCCAAGUUGCGAGGAAGUCGAUAUAGAUGUGUUUUUGCAUAUUUUACGAGAUAUUACAGCGCGUAAGGUGGACGAACAUCACCUUGUCAAUGCGCUGAAAUUUGGCAUGAGCGGCGAAGCGUUUUCAAUCGAAAAGGAACAUUUAUCGAUGAGUUGGCAGGAUUUGAACUCGAAAAAACAGAGAAUAGAUCAAUCGAGAUUGCUCGGAUUUUGGGCCGUGGAAAAUUUUCCUUCUUUGGGGAAAAAGUUGCAUGGAGCAACUUGGCAGCCGCCAAUUCGAAAUAGUCUUCAGAUUCAUAAUCAGUCUAUGUACAUUAAUGCCGAUGAGAUCAACUCGAAAAUUGCUAGAAAAAUGAAGCUUCGCAUAGUCCAACUCAACGUCAGCGAUAGCACAUUGAGUAGACUGAAGGAAUUCGUAAAUGUCCCUGCUAAAAUCGGCAAAAGAAACGAGACAAAACUGUCAAAACAAAUGAAGUCGUUUGAUAUUGACGACGAAUGGAUGGAACAUUGCUGGCAAGCGCUAAAAUCGGGUGAAUUUCCGUUGUUAUUUGAGCAGCAAUUCGACCUCGCCGCGUCACCAGGAUCAUCUCCUCAUCGGGAAAACGAAGAGCCUCAAAUAAACACUCCUGAUGAUUCGUUACCAGUUACAUCCAAACGAACAUACCGAGACGUUCUCGAUACUAACGAUGGUAAUGAUAUGAGUGACGAUGGAAAUAAUAUUAGUACUGCCAACGGAGAUUCAAGCACUGAUCCUUCAGCAGCACAGACAAACAAAAGAUCACACAUAGACCCGGUAAAUGUGAAUGGAAAUUCUACAAAUAUGAAUGGUUUGAGCUUUGGCACCCAAUCCGAUCUACCACCAGAAACAAAUGAUUGUACAAAUGCGAUUCAAGUGACUCUACGACAUAUUCGAUGCGACAUUGGACAUUUAACUAAUUUGUUUCAAGAGCGAAAUAAUGAGAGAUCCGCCAUUCAAGAGGGUGAAGACCGCCUUCACGUAGCAUUGAUGAGACAAAAAGAUGACGAAAUCGCGCAAUUAAAGAUCACUAUCCAAGACCUGCAACAAAUAAACGAAAAUCUCACGAAUGGCCAAUUGAAAUCAGUAAAAAAAAUUGAAGAGCAAAAGGCACUCAUAACAGCUCUUCAACUAGGAGUAGAGGCCACGGCGAAGUUGCGUGAACAAUCGGAGCACGAGCAAAUUGCGAAUCUAAAUUUACUUGACGUAACGAAACGUCAACUGGUCGAUGCUGAUGCAACGGUGAAGAAAAUGAGCAGCGAAAGGAGUACUACACAGCAAAAAUUGCUGGAACAAUCGGAUUGUGUGGCAUCUUUGAAACGCGAACUGACUGAAGCUACUGAAACGAUAAUGAAGAUGACCGGUGCAAUGAGCUCAGCCCAACAAAAAUUGCUGGAACAAUCGGAUUGUAUGGAAUCAAUGAAACGUCAACUGGUCGAUGCUGAUGAAACGGUGAAGAAAAUGAGCAGCGAAAGGAGUACUACACAGCAAAAAUUGCUGGAACAAUCGGAUUGUGUGUCAUCUUUGAAACGCGAACUGACUGAUGCUGAUGAAACGAUAAUGAAGAUGACCGAUGAAUUGAGCUCAGCACAGCAAAAAUUGCUGGAACAGUCGGAUUGUAUGGAAUCAAUGAAAUGUCAGCCGGCCGAAACUGACAAAACGUUGAAGAAAAUGAGCAGCGAAAGGAGCUCAUUACAGCAAAAAUUGCUGGAACAAUCGGAUUUUGUGGCGUCUUUGAAACGCGAACUGACUGAAGCUAAUGAAACGAUAAUGAAGAUGACCGGUGAAAUGAGCUCAGCCCAGCAAAAAUUGCUGGAACAAUCCGAUUGUAUGGAAUCAAUGAAAUGUCAGCUAUUCGAAGCUGGUGAAACGGUGAAGAAAAUGAGCAGCGAAAGGAGCAUAUCACAGCAAAAAUUACUGGUACAAUCGGAUUGUGUGGCGUCGAUGAAACGCGAAUUGACUAAAGCUACUGAAACGAUAAUGAAUAUGACCGGUGCAAUGAGCUCAGCCCAGCAAAAAUUGCUGGAACAAUCGGAUUGUGCGGCAUCUUUGAAACGCGAACUGACUGAAGCUAAUGAAACGAUAAUGAAGAUGACCGGUGCAAUGAGCUCAGCCCAGCAAAAAUUGCUGGAACAAUCGGAUUGUGUGGCAUCUUUGAAACGCGAACUGACUGAUGCUAAUAAAACGAUAAUGAAGAUGACCGAUGAAUUGAGCUCAGCACAGCAAAAAUUGCUGGAACAGUCGGAUUGUAUGGAAUCAAUGAAAUGUCAGCCGGCCGAAGCUGACAAAACGUUGAAGAAAAUGAGCAGCGAAAGGAGCUCAUCACAGCAAAAAUUGCUGGAACAAUCGGAUUUUGUGGCGUCUUUGAAACGCGAACUGACUGAUGCUAAUGAAACGAUAAUGAAGAUGACCGAUGAAUUGAGCUCAGCACAGCAAAAAUUGCUGGAACAGUCGGAUUGUAUGGAAUCAAUGAAAUGUCAGCCGGCCGAAACUGACAAAACGUUGAAGAAAAUGAGCAGCGAAAGGAGCUCAUCACAGCAAAAAUUGCUGGAACAAUCGGAUUUUGUGGCGUCUUUGAAACGCGAACUGACUGAUGCUAAUGAAACGAUAAUGAAGAUGACCGGUGAAAUGAGCUCAGCCCAGCAAAAAUUGCUGGAACAAUCCGAUUGUGUGGAAUCAAUGAAAUGUCAGCUGUUCGAAGCUGGUGAAACGGUGAAGAAAAUGAGCAGCGAAAGGAGCAUAUCACAGCAAAAAUUACUGGAACAAUCGGAUUGUGUGGCGUCGAUGAAACGCGAAUUGACUAAAGCUACUGAAACGAUAAUGAAUAUGACCGGUGCAAUGAGCUCAGCCCAGCAAAAAUUGCUGGAACAAUCGGAUUGUGCGGCAUCUUUGAAACGCGAACUGACUGAAGCUAAUGAAACGAUAAUGAAGAUGACCGGUGCAAUGAGCUCAGCCCAGCAAAAAUUGCUGGAACAAUCUGAUUGUAUGGAAUCAAUGAAACGUCAACUGGUCGAUGCUGAUGAAACGGUGAAGAAAAUGAGCAGCGAAAGGAGUACUACACAGCAAAAAUUGCUGAAACAAUCGGACUGUGUGGCGUCUUUGAAACGCGAACUGACUGAUGCUAAUGAAACGAUAAUGAAGAUGACCGAUGAAUUGAGCUCAGCACAGCAAAAAUUGCUGAAACAGUCGGAUUGUAUGGAAUCAAUGAAAUGUCAGCUGUUCGAAGCUGGUGAAACGGUGAAGAAAAUGAGCAGCGAAAGGAGCAUAUCACAGCAAAAAUUACUGGAACAAUCGGAUUGCGUGGCAUCUAUGAAACGCGAAUUGACUGAAGCUAACGAAACGAUAAUGAAGAUGACCGGUGCAAUGAGCUCAGCCCAGCAAAAAUUGCUGGAACAAUCGGAUUGUAUGGAAUCAAUGAAAUGUCAGCUGUUCGAAGCUGAUGAAACAGUGAAGAAAAUGAGUUGUGAAGUGAGCACCGCUACUGGCGCACAGCAACAUUUGUUGGAACAAACGGAUUUAGUGGAGUCAAUUAAACGUCAACUGGCCGAAGCUAAUGAGACGAUAAUGAAGAUGGUCGAAGACAAGCAAAAACUACAUGACGAGGUUUACAUUUUAACGCAAUGCACCAACGAUAUUUCGUCUGAAUUUAAAACUCAAAUCGAAGAACUAACCGUCAGUAUAACAGAAACUGAACGAAUUAAUGCAGAGACGAUGCAUGUCAACGACAAAUUGCGAGAAGAUCUUGCAAUUUUAAAACGAUCCCUGGCUAGCAAAGAAGAAGAAUUGAAAGACGCACAGCAAUCGUUGAAUAGCACACGAAAACCAAUCGAAACAAGAGAUGUGGGCAGUCGAAAGGUUAAAGAAGCUGCAAACGAAAUGGUCGAGGCUGUAUUUGUGUCGGACGACCCCAUUGUCAAAGAGUGUCGUCCCGUGCUGCUCAAUCAACAGUUCGGCUGGAUGAAAUUUCAGCCAUUCAAACGCAGCAAGUACUGCCCGGCCUUCGUCUACCCAGCCGAUGCCGAUGGAAAAGCACGAGCACAAAAAAUAAAGGCGGAUGGAUAUGUUACCGAUACUAAGAACAUAUUUUUCGAUUUCUGCACAGAAUUACCUGAAAAUCUAAAGCCAGAUAACGAAAAAUUGGCACUUAAGAAGUUUAACGAAAAAUUCCUCACUUUAAACCAACCGCCAGUCACUAUAAACCAACCGCCAGCUACCGCCAGUCCCUCUAAACCAACCCCAGUCACUCUAAACCAACCGCCAGUCACUCUAAACCAACCGCCAAUGACUGGCGGUAGAUUUAUACUGACUGGCGGUACGUUUAUAGUUACAGGCGGUAGGUUUAAACUGACUGGCAGUGACUGGCGGUAG